AUGACUUUACUUGUUGAACAUUCAUUAAGCCCAUCCAAGAUUCGAGGGCAAGGAUAUGAUGGGGCUAGUAACAUGAAGGGUGAGAUACAUGGACUUAAGACUUUGAUCAUGAAAGAUACUCCAAGCGCUUACUACGUACAUUGCUUUGCCCACCAGCUUCAACUAACAUUGGUAGCCAUUUCAAAAAAGAACGAUGAUUGUAGUUGGCUUUUUGAAACUGUUAGUAUUUUGUUGAAUGUAAUUGGAGUUUCUUGUAAGAGAAAUGAAUUGCUUCGCGAAGUUCAAGCACAAAAAGUUGCUCAUGUCUUAAAAAUUGGUGAAAUUGAAUCGGGAUCGGGAUUGAAUCAAGAACUUAGUUUGAAGAGGCCAGGAGACACUCAUUGGAGUUCUCACUACAAGACUCUUUUGAAUAUCAUGGACUUAUUUUCUACAAUUUUUGAAGUUCUUACGAUGAUUGGAAAGAAAGAUUCCGUUUUCGAUGAUAAGGGAAAAGCUCAAGGCAUUUUGUACUUACUAGAGUCAUUUGAUUUCAUGUUUAUGGCACAACUAAUGACUACUAUAUUUGGGUACACUAACAAUUUGCGUCUUGCUUUGCAAAGAAGAGAUCAAGACAUCAUUAAUGCUAUGAGGCUUGUCACUUUAACCAAAGAUCAACUACAGAAAAUGAGGGAGGAUGGAUGGGAGAUUCACUUGAACAAGGUAAUCUCAAUUUGCAAUAAACAUGGCAUUGUUGUUCCAGAUAUGAAAGCUCACUAUAGCCCUCAUGGAAGAUCAAAACGUUUUGUUCAACAAGUUUCAUAUCUUCAUCAUUUUCGUGUUGAUGUGUUUAUCAAAGUGAUUGACUUAUUACUUCAAGAACUUGAUAAUCGAUUCGAUGAAGUUAAUAUGGAGUUGCUCAGAUGUAUGGCUUGCUUCAAUCCUAAAGAUGGUUUCUCUUCUUUUGACAAGGAGAAGGUACUCAAACUUGCCACUUUUUAUCCUUCCGAUUUUUCAAACAUUGAUUUGAUGGACCUUGAGUGCCAACUUGAUAUAUUCAUUGGAGAUAUGAGAAGUGAUGAAGACUUUCUUAAUUUGCGAGAUAUUAGUUCUCUUUUGGUGAAGCUUGUUGAAACAAAAAGAGAUGUGGUUUAUUCGCGUGUGGUUUUGCUUAUCAAGUUGAUUUUGAUUAUUCCGGUUGCCACUGCAAGUGUAGAGAGAGUGUUUUCUGGAAUGACGUUUGUGAAGAAUAAGUUGAGAAAUAGAAUGGGUGAUCAACCUUUGAACGAUUGUUUGAUCACUUUAAUUGAGAAAGAUGUGUUUCUACAAGUAUCCGAUGAUGAUAUAGUGAAUCGUUUUGAAGAAAUGAAGACUCGUCGAAAAAUAAAUUAG